CUGCGUCAACAACAUCCAGUUCAUAGUUCGCGUUCCUUGAAGGCAUUGUAGUGGGAUUUCUAAUGAAGUAUUCUCUGCCUCUAGGGGCCCCAGGUGAACUCGUUCCGUGUUGAUUUGAGCAGCUGGGUUUGUUACCUGCAACGAGGAACAUCGUGUCAAAGUACUGUUUAAGUCAGCAGAAACUAUGCAUUCCCAAAUGAAGUACUUGGUGCGCCUGAAGCCCUGCGCUCCUCCUCGCAGCAAGCGGAUCCUCGAGAGGAAACUCUGGUCUUACUGUGCAGCAAAACAACAGCUAGACGGAGGCUUUAGCGCGACAGGACGGCAUGCAGCUGCAAGAGAACACGCUGUUGUCGGAACACGGCGCUGCAGGAACCAUGCAUCUGACUGCGCAUACAGCCGAGCUUUCGCUUUGGCAAGGGACCACCCGGAAACUUUCUGGGGUGAGGUGGCUCAGAAUAUAAACUGGUUUGAGCCGUGGAGCAAAACUCUGCAUGUAGAGGACCCGGUGUUUCCAAACUGGUUUGUAGGCGGAAAGUUAAACAUGUGCUACAACGCUGUGGACCGUCAUGUUGAGAGUGGCCGCGGAGAGCAGCCAGCCAUCAUUUAUGACAGUCCAGUGACUGGAACUAAGAAGAUCAUCACCUUCAGAGAACUGCAGGGCCAGGUGUCCAGAUUAGCAGGAGUUCUUGUGAAAAAUGGGGUUCAGAAAGGAGACCUCGUUGUCAUCUACAUGCCCAUGGUGCCCCAGGCCAUGUUCACCAUGCUGGCCUGUGCACGGAUUGGUGCUCCACACAGUCUAAUCUUUGGUGGCUUUGCUUCCAAGGAGCUGUCAGUCCGCAUUGAUCAUGCCAAACCCAAGAUGUUGGUGACAGCCUCGUUCGGCAUCGAGCCAGGCAGAAGAGUUGAGUACAUCCCGCUGGUGAAGAAGGCCUUGGAGAUGAGCUCUCACAGACCCUCUAAAGUCCUCAUGUACAGCAGGCCCAACAUGGACAAAGUUUCGCUCGAUCCGGAGCUGAGUCUGGACUGGGACCAGGAAAUGGCCGCUUCUCGUCCACAUGACUGUGUUCCUUUGCCCUCCAACCAUCCUUUGUACGUUCUCUAUACAUCUGGGACCACAGGAACACCGAAGGGCGUUUUGAGAGACACUGCAGGGUACGCUGUUAUGCUGAAAUGGACCAUGUCAAAUAUUUAUGGACUCAGUCCCGGAGAUGUUUGGUGGGCUGCCUCUGAUUUGGGCUGGGUGGUCGGCCAUUCCUACAUCUGCUAUGCUCCUUUACUCCAUGGUAACAGCACCAUUUUAUAUGAGGGAAAGCCUGUUGGGACUCCAGAUCCUGGCGCGUUCUUCCGUGUUUUAUCGGAGUACGGAGCGUCCUCCAUGUUUACCGCACCCACCGCAAUCCGGGCCAUUCGGCAGCAGGACCCCAGCGCUGCAGUCGGGAGGAAAUACCCUUUGACCAGGUUGCAGACGUUAUUCUUGGCAGGAGAGCGAUGUGAUGUUGAGACACUGGAGUGGGCAAAGAAGAACUUUGGCGUUCCGGUUCUGGAUCACUGGUGGCAGACGGAAACUGGCUCAGCCAUCACAUCCUCCUGCAUCGGCCUGGGUAACUCGCUCACUCCACCUGCAGGCCAGGCUGGGAAACCAGUUCCAGGUUACAAUGUCACUGUGAUUGACGAUGACAUGCAGGAGUUGAAGCCAAAAACUCUGGGAAAUAUUGUGGUCAGACUGCCUCUACCACCUGGAGCUGCACUGUGCCUGUGGCAAAACCACCGUCUCUUCAAGGAGCUCUACUUCUCCAAGUUUCCAGGUUACUAUGACACCAUGGACGCUGGAUUUUUGGAUGAGGAGGGCUUCCUUUACAUCAUGUCUCGGUCUGAUGAUGUCAUCAACGUGGCGGGUCACAGGCUGUCUGCUGGAGCAUUAGAGGAAUCGGUGCUGCUGCACUCUGCAGUGGGGGACUGCGCUGUGGUAGGUCUGGAGGACUCGCUGAAGGGCCAUGUUCCUUUGGCGCUGUGUGUACUUAAAAAAGAUGUGCAGAAAACUGAGGAAGAAAUCACAAAGGAGGUGGUGAAGCUGGUGAGAGACACCAUUGGCCCUGUAGCCGCCUUCAGGAAUGUGCUCUUCGUCCACGGGUUACCAAAGACGCGUUCCGGAAAAAUCCCCCGCUCUUCUCUGGCCGACCUGGUCAACGGCAAACCCUACAAGAUUACGCCAACCAUUGAGGACCCAGAUGUGUUUAAAGACAUUGAGAGGCAAGUAGAAAAAGUCUGGAGACGACAUGCAGAUUGAACACAUUGGAGGCUUGAGAACCACGUUUUUCCACUCUGUGUGGUGUAGCUAAAGCAAUCAGAAUAUUUUAGAGAAAUGAUUUCAGUAAGAACCCCAACUAAUAUGACUGAGCCUUAAUAUACUUAACAUUGUGUGCUUUUAGGCAUUUGGCUCUUUUAAUAAUACUUGAACAUUCAUCCUGCUUAUCCCUCAGAGCUUCAUUAGUUGCUAUUUGGAACGUUUUAGUUGUAAAGCAGAUAAAUCUCAUGGACACAACAACCUCUGAAAUGAGACUAAAGUUAAACACACUUUUUCAGGAUCAACAGUUGGUCUAGAUUUAAUUGGAUGUACUCACUUUGUUAUUGAACAUAGUUUUAAAACAGUUAACAUAAGGAACCAAUGAGCUUUAUUACAUGUCAGACAUGUUGAAUGUCACUGUACAAAAGUCAGUCUAAUAUUUCCUGGUAUGCAAAAAAAAAACAUUAGUUAUAUUAGUUGGGAUUCUUUAAGUAACUGUAGUCGAAUCUUAAGUCAGUGACAUUUUGUAUGUAAAUUACUGAUGAGGUAAAACCGUACUGCACUAAUCUUUGUAAAUGUAUAAAUACUUUUAAUGAAAACUAAUGCAAACAGCUCA